UAGUAUUUAAUUUCAUAAAAAUGAAGGAAUUUCCUAAAAAAAAUCCGGAAGAUUUAACAAAAGAUGAUAUAUCUCAAAUUUUGGGCCUGGAAAAUAAGUUGAAUAAAACUGUUUUAUUUUACAAACCGAAAAAUGAACUGAUGCCUGAAAUUUGUUUCAUGUAUUAUGAUGAAGACGGUGAUCAAGAAAAAGCUUUUAAAAAUAACCGCAUAAAGAAUCUUGUAAUAUGCAAAUUUAAGAACUGCAACGUGUUAUUAGUUCAUCCUGGAGGAUCUAUUAAUCACAAAACGAGGAAGCGUCACCAUGCCCCCGAAUCGACUCCUCAAAUUUCAAAAUUUUUGCCAAAAAAAACUACUCAAGAAGAUAAAUCAGAAAUAACUAAGAUAUUAGCAGAGUUUUGCAUUGAAAGUGGAAGUUCAUUCCAUUUUGCCACAUCCUUAUCAAUUAGAAAUUUAAUAAUCAAGGCGAACAAUUUAGGGUAGUUAGAAAUAUUUGUUUAGCUCUAGGAAAA